UCCGAGGGAGUGAGACAACCCCAGUAAAGUCCUGGCAACUUAGACAGACCAGACCUCGGCACACCGGAGAGAGAGCGAGAGGGAGAGACUGAGCGGAAAGCAGAAAGGGGGGAAACGCAGGAUGAAGCGAUUCUUCAAGCCCGUGGAGAAAGACGGCUCCAACAAGAAGCCUGCUCUGUCUCAAAGCUGCGAUGACAGUGAAACGACAGGUGAAGAGAAGAAGAAAGAGCCAUUGAAGUUCUUGACCUGGAAUGCCAACAGUUUGCUCCUCCGCGUAAAAAACAACUGGCCCGAAUUCACCAAGUUCGUCUCUGAUCUCGACCCCGACGUCAUUGCAAUACAGGAAGUAAGGAUGCCUGCAGCUGGUUCAAAAGGCGCGCCUAAAAAUCCUGGAGAGUUGAAAGAUGAUACAAGCUCCUCGCGAGAGGAAAAGCAGGUACUGAUGCGUGCCCUUUCAAGUCCCCCCUUUGGACAAUAUCGUGUUUGGUGGUCCCUUGGAGAUUUUAAGUAUGCAGGGACUGCGCUGUUAGUGAAGAAGUGCUUCCAACCAAAAGUUUUCUUUUCUCUCGAUAGCAAAGCAUUCAAGCACGAGCUAGACGGUCGAGUUAUCUUGGCUGAAUUCGAGACAUUUCGUUUGUUGAAUACAUAUUCCCCUAACAAUGGUUGGAAGGAUGAGGAGAACUCAUUUCAGAGAAGAAGGAAGUGGGAUAAAAAGUUACUAGAGUUUGUUGUCAAAUCGUUAGACAAGCCCUUGAUUUGGUGCGGUGAUCUUAAUGUGAGCCAUGAAGAGAUUGAUGUUAGUCAUCCAGAGUUCUUUAGCACUGCAAAACUCAAUGGUUAUGUACCUCCUAAUGCUGAGGACUGCGGACAGCCUGGAUUUACCUUGGCUGAGAGGAAGCGCUUUGGAACCAUACUGAAGGAGGGAAAACUCAUUGAUGCACACCGAUACCUACACAAAGAUAAGGAUAUGGAGUGUGGCUUCUCAUGGUCCGGAAAUCCUAUUGGGAAGUAUAGAGGGAAAAGAAUGAGAAUUGAUUAUUUCAUAGUUUCGGAGAAGCUCAGAGAUAGGAUUAGAUCAUGUGAGAUGCACGGGCGAGGGAUUGAAUUGGAAGGUUUCUAUGGAAGCGACCAUUGCCCUGUCUUCCUUGAGCUUUCGGAAGCCAUGUCAGAUUCUGCGUAGAGCCAAGUUUUCAACAUAAGGUUAUGAUAUUUCAUGCAUUCCCGUGAUGGGCAUCUAUUACACCGCCGGUGCAUUUAUUUAUAGAAGCAUGGUAUGGGGAUUUGUCAGACUGAAAUUCAAUAUUAGAUAUCGUGUGCAUAAUCAUGCUAAUAUACCUGCAAUGGCCUGUCAGCAUUUACAUUUUGGGUCAAGUUUUGCGCCAACCAACUAUUAAUGUCAAGCGGCAGAUUUGGAAUUACUA